UUACAUUUUUUUUAAAAUAUGGAUAUUGCAUUUAAUUGAGGGCGUUUUAAGAUUCAUAAUACAACUGAAAAUAGUAAAAUCAUAUUGGUAACCAUUACAUCUCCAAGUGUAUCUCRUCGAUUUAUGCAGCUAUAUGUUGGACCUAUAUUUUUCGGAGUCCAAUAGGAGGUUAUUCGGUGUCGCUUUAAACGUGGCCACUGUAAAGAGUCACCAGGAUAUAACUUAUAUAUUUUUUUACAUUAAAGAUAGACGUCGUCAUUUAGCCACCGUCCGUAUUUUUAUUAUAGUGUAAACAAAAAAAUGUUUUUAUGUUUUGCUAAACUCUUAGGUUAGUCUUUCCGGCUUGUCAGCUCGCUCUACUCUGUGGCGGCUGAAGAAAAAAAGAACCAGUUGGCAAGCGAAGCGAACGCUCGGAGCCAGUAGCAAACUAGCCAUUUCAUCGUUUAUUUUUGUCGUAAGCGUUGGCUUACUUGUGAAGAUUGUGUCGUUUUAUCCUAAAGACUGUUUGGAGUUUGUCUGCCUUGGAUUACGGAUAUUACACAUUUUCCCUGUAUUAAACAUUAACUGUGCUAGCUAGCUAAACAUUUUAUUUGUGCGACGACAGCUGUCAUUUGGAGAAGGAAAAGUGAUCCGUCAUGCGUGUGCAAUGAAGCUGAUCUCUACUGGAUUUACAUUUUAGCAUCCUUCAAAUGGGCGACGUUAACGUUCAAUAUUUGAGAACUGCGGUGGUAUUGCCUUAGUAACUAGUGUGGCCACCUAGCUUGCUACUUAUACUUAUCGUUGGACAGAAGACAGCUAGUUAGCUGGCUAUAUCAUUCAUUCAGCGUCAUAAAUACACUAACUACAAAGUGAUAUAACUAUAGCAAUAUCGCUUACAAUUUUGGACAUGAAGAAAAUAACCUACUAUUCAUAGGGUUGAAAGAAUGUCAUCAGAGGAUAAGACUGUGGAGCCCUCUGACCAGGGACCCUCGCUGCCCUCUGUUAGUGCAGGGGCCACAUCCACAGGAAGCCCUGCCCAGACAGACAAGCGCCCCAGGGGCAGACCUCGCAAGGAUGCUGCCACCACCAUCGUACCCCAGGCGCCACCCACAACUACAUCCAAGACCAGGAAGAAGGGGCGUACCAGAGGUAGAGUGGUUGUGGAGGAGGAGGACAGCAGCAUGGACGGGACGGAGGCAGCCGCCUCAGAGAGCCCCCUCAGGACAACAACAGUGACCUGGCCCCUGGUCGAGGAGCCGGCCCGGCAGAGCCGUUGUGAUUCCCUUGGUGAGGUGUUAGACCAAGCGGCGUUCCGCGACCGGAGCUUUGUAGGCUUCUCGGGCAGAGGCCCCUCUCACUUGUUCACUCCCCAUCCACGACCGUCCUCGAGCGUGGAGUGUCCAGUGAUGGAGGUGAAGGGUCAGAUGAUUCAUGUCCCAGAAUCCUCUACUCUGAUGUUCCUGGGUUCCCCCCGGGUAGACAAGCUGGAGGAGCUGAUGGGCAGYGGCCUCUACCUGUCAGACAUCCCCAUCCACGACGCCACGCGUGAUGUCAUACUGGUGGGACAGCAGGCCAAGGCACAGGACGGCCUCAAYAACAGGAUGGACAAACUCAAGGCCACCCUAGAAAAGACACACCAAGCUCUAGAAGAGGAGAAGAGGAGGACAGUAGACCUUCUCUACUCCAUUUUUCCUGGUGACGUGGCCCAGAAGCUGUGGCAGGGGGAGUCUGUCCCCGCCAGGAAGUUUGAUGAUGUCACCAUGUUGUUCUCUGACAUCGUGGGCUUCACUGCAGUGUGUGCCCAGUGUACCCCCAUGCAGGUCAUCAGCAUGCUCAACGAGCUCUACACAAUUGAGACUAUAGGCGACGCCUACUGUGUUGCGGGCGGGCUCCACCAAAAGAUUGACAGCCAUGCCAAGCCAAUCGCACUCAUGGCCCUGAAGAUGAUGGAGCUGUCAGAGGAGGUGUUAACGCCGGACAGCAAAUCCAUCAAGAAUGGUGACUGGCUCUCGUUCAAGGGCAUUGAGAAAUAG